GAGGACCCCGGAAGUGCACUUAUUGCAUGGAGUCAGUUCCAGGGAUUUAAAUGCGGCUGAGGCUCUCUAUAAGCAGUUUGGGGAGCUGCAUGGUCCAGGCUGCUUUAUAAACGGGUCUGGCUCAUGGAGACAGUGGUUUUGGUUGGUUGGAGAGCUUAAAGUGAGAAAUGUGGACUGAACAAGCUGUGCUGUUCCCAUACAUUGUUUGAUCUGUACACUCAGGUAUAUGAAAUCUCAUGGCUACUUACUGUAGGUUUCCUCCUUAAGACAAUAUUUUAAUUUCCUUUAGGAAUAAACAAGGAAGCUUUAACAGCUAUGCCUAAAUAGCAGAGUGUUGGGAAAAAUAAAUAUUUAAAUAAAUAGGAUUUAUAUAGCGCAGAUGUAUUCCGCAGAACUUUUACAAUAUUAUAAAACGGGGGGGGGGGGAAUUUAACAAUAAAUGAGUCAAUUACAAAAUGUUACAUGGACAAUAGGCUGACAAGGGCACUGCUCAAAUGAGCGUCUAAUCCUACAUUUUACAGUACCUCUGCCUAUUUGAUGUAAUUCAUGGUUUAGUGAAUAAUUGCAUGCCCGUAUAUUGAUGCGUUACAGGACCUGUAUUGCCAGUAGCUUCAUGGCUGUGGUUUAGUUGUGCAAAGUGAGACCCCCGUUGCUCUCUAUGCUGCAUUCUGUUAAACAGGUUAAGUUUUUAAAUAUGUAUAAAUUUAAUAGAACCUUCUUUUGAAAUUUGGCAUGUAUGGCUGCAGAAAAAAAGCUACUGGAGUAUUUUUGACCAUUUUGAUUUUCCAUGCCUUUAGGAUUAGUGGGUAAUUUUAUGGAUUUUGCAACAUCGCUUUUCAGAGGAGACUGAACACCCGUGGUACAGAUUUUCGCAAUCUCCUGAUUUAUUGCCUUUCACUAAACGCUUAUUAUUAAUACGGUAUGUCACCGUAACAUGGUUAUUCAAUAAAUGGAGAAUUAACCAGGGGGUGGCAAGUAUUAGACCUAAAUGGCUAAUCUAGAAAAAUGGCUUUAUUAGAGAAUUUUUUUUCACUUUAGAUUUAUUGUCCUAAUAAAAAUCGGCACUCUCGCUUCCACGUUACACGUGUCAGUUUUCAGACACUGAAUAGUAUUGAUAGGCUAAAAGCAUUGGGCUAAUCAAGCCUCAUUAUUCAAAACCAGGCUGGACAAAACUGAUAAAACGUGGAACUGUAAAUUAAAUUAUGUCUGAGGUGGGGCGGUCUUGUUGCCAUGGAGAGUCCUUAAACUGCUUCUAAACAGUUUGAUAUAAUACUAGAGGGCAGUGCCCAGACACUCUAAACAACUACACUGAGUUUUAGUGGUUAUCGUUGUAUAUAUUGCUUAGCAUGAAACGUUAAUUGUAGUCUUUUUGGAUGUUUUAUCAUGCUGUGUUUGAUCCAUCCUUGUAAUAUAUAUUUUUCAAGGAACCAGGAAAAAUGAAUGCGACAUCCAGUACUGCAACACCACCUGAUUCAGAAAAACCUGUGAAAAAACAUUUCAAAGUCACAAGGUUUAUUAUGGAAGCAGGUAAACCUUUUUAUUUUUUAUUUUUUUUUUAUAUUUCAUAAUUGUAUUUAUGAUGUGCUUAGUAGUCAUUGUAAAAAUAUACAGGUUUAUACACUAAACAAUUGUGCCAAAGUGACUGGGAGCUAAGACAUUUUAAGCAAGAAUAGCUUGGCUAGAAAGGUAUUCCAAAGCAACACUAUUAGCCUCGAUUUUGACAUUCAAAUUUUAAUUUAAUACUGUUUAGGUUUUAGAGACUAACUCGGCAUGACUAUGAAUUAAAAGGACACUAUAGUCACCAGAACAACUACAGCUUAUUGUAUUUGUUCUGGUGAGUAUAAUUCCCUUCAGGCUUUUUGCAGUAAACCCUGCCUUUUCAGAUAAAUGCAGUGUUUACAUUACAGCCUAAGGAUACCCCUACUGGCCACUCCUCAGAUGGCUACUAGAGGUGCUUCCUGUGGCAGUAUUGCCACUCAGUGUCUCCACCCUCUGCAUGGAGACAUUGAACUUUCCUCAUAGAGAUGCAUUGAUUCAAUUAAACUCUGUGAGGAGAUGCCGAUUUGGCCAGGGCUGUGUUUGGCUUGUGCUGGCUCUGCCCAUGAUCUGCCUCCUUGACAGUCCUAGCCAAUCCUAUGGGGAAAAUAUUCUGAUUGGCUCAGAGAAUCACUUCUGAUGUCAGACAAGCAGGCAGAUCAGAGGCAGAGCAAGCAGCUGCAGAUUUGAAUAAAAGUAAGAUUUAACUAUUUUUUUUUACUUUUUAUUUAGGAGCACAGUGCGGCUAGAUGGUAGAUUUAACACUAUAGGGUCAGGAACCCAAUAGUGUUCCUUUAACUUUUAAUUGUCAACAAUCCACUCUUUAAACAAUGACUAUAGAGGUCGAAAUGUGUAAUUUAUCUUUCCUAUGGUUUUAAUCUCACACUGAUUCUUCUUUCUAUACACAGGUGUUAAGUUGGGAAUGCAUUCCAUCCCAAUUGCCACAGCCUGUACCAUUUAUCAAAAGUUUUUCAGUGAGACCUGUAUGAAUGACUAUGACCCGUAUUUGGUGGCCAUGUCUGCAAUUUACCUAGCCGGAAAGGUGGAGGAACAACAUUUGAGAACCAGAGAUAUCAUAAAUGUCUGCCACAGGUAAACUACCCUUAUUUCAUACCCUGUUUCCAACCAUGUAAAAAGAGACAGGCACCCAGACCACUUCUGCCCAUUGGAGUGGUCUGGGUGCCAACUCCCACUAUCCUUAACCCUGCAAGUUUAAUUAUUGCAGUUUUCAUAAACUGCAAUAUUUAGAUUGCAGGGUUAAGUCCUCCUCUAAUGAAUAGCCACUAGAGGAGUCUGUAUGUACAAACUGCAGCAUACAGAGUUUAACUCCUCUGCUGCCAGAGGAGUAAUGCCACAUCCAGCAGCGUCAUUCCUGCAUCAUUAACUAAUCCGAGACAAGUGUUCCAGGCUAACUAAUGUCACUUCUGUGCAUAUUUUCCUCGCACAGAAUUGCAUUCAUUGGCUGGCACUCUCAGCCGAUGAAUGGAGACUGAAUUGGCUUGUGCAUGUCUGCAGAUUCUGGAAGUGCAUCACCAGCACUUGGAGAAGGCCAGGAGCCCGGUGGGGACCUAAGUAAGAGGGUAAGCUGUUACUAAAGCAGGCUGUAGUGGUUAUGAUGUUUGGAAUAAACCUUAAAGGGACGCUAAAGUCACCAAAACAACUUUAGCUUAAUGAAGCAGUUUACGUGUAUAGAUCAAAUCCUUGCAGUCUCGCUGCUUAUUUCUCUUUAGGAGAUAAAUCACUUUUGUUACUUUCCAUGCAUCCUUAGCUACACCUACUUGCAUGAAAACAGUUAUUUCAGAUUCAGUCAGAUGUUAAUUUGCUUUAGAAUUAUUAUUUUUUUUUUAUCUCCAGCUCUGUAAAUUGAACUUUAAUCAUAAACACAUGAGUCUCCUGCAAGGCCUCAAUCCUGAUUCAUAACAUUAUGUACAGCAUCAUGUUUGGUUGUUUGUUUAUUUUUUUUAAUAGCAGAUAGAAGAAGAAAUAUUCUUUUAAUUUAGAAAUCCAUCCCUCUUUAUCCUACAUCUGGGUACCUCCAGCUGUCCAUCAUUGUUAUAAACUCUGUUCUUUAAACCUGUCAGUCAGCAUAGAGAGUAGACAGAGAAGAGGAGACUUGAAACAAUGUUUCUAUUUCAUCUCUUUAUUUGCAAUGUUUACCUUUUGCCUAGCCCUUUUUAAUUGGAUUAUGAUGUCAUUUGCUAAAUCUGUAAUGUGAAAUUUUAUUGCAUGCCAGUUAUGUAUGAUAUGGCUUGCCCUGAGCUAAAAGUUUGCUGAAUGGAACACUAAAUGUAAAGCCAGACAUUAUUUUGCCUUCUUUUCUACGCAGGUACCUAAAUCCGGGAACUGAACCUCUGGAGGUAGACGGCAAAUUCUGGGAGCUCAGAGACAGCAUUGUCCAAUGUGAAUUACUGAUGCUCAGGCUCUUAAAUUUUCGAGUUUCUUUCCAACAUCCACACAAGGUAAUAAAGAAAAGUCGCCAUACUGUUAGAACGAAUAGGUUAUGGACAAAAUCUAUAGUAAAUCCAAAAGGGACUGCGUUAAAAGCCUCCUGGCAUGUGUUCUCAACACAUGCUUAUCCUAACUCCGAGCAUACCAGAUAUAUUCAAUAGACUUGUGAUGUUAUGAGAUUGAGAUCAGUGUCUAAAAGAAACGCUCACUCUAAUUUAAAGCAGGGCCGUCUUUAGCACAGCCCCCCUUGGAUCCGGCGGUGCAGCUCUGUCCCACACGCUAAAGAGGGCCCCCGGGUGGCCCAUGCACUAAGGGCCACCCGGUGGGCAUUUGUCAGCUGGGGCCCGGUCAGGCGCUGUGACGCUUAAACAGCGCCACCGGGCCCCUUCCUGUUUGGCAGCCGGCUGGGAGGAAGUGAGUGUCGCCCGUCACUUCCUCCUACCGGAGAUCAGAGCUGCGCGGGAGGAGGAAAGCAGGGAGGAGGGGAGUUCCAGAGGAGAACUCCCAACUGCCUCAGCCUGCCACUGGACCCCAGGGAAACCACUCUCCAGAAAAGGUGAGGGUGGCUAAAUGUAUGUCAGUAUGUCUGUGUGUGUGUCACCGUAAGUCUGCCUGUGUGUGCCAAUAAUUCUCUCAGUGUAUGUGUCUGUGUGUGUCAGUAAGUCUGCCUGUGUGUAUGUGUGUCAGUAUGUCUGAAUGUGUGUCAAUAUGUCUGCCAGUAUAUAUUUGUGUGUGUGUGUUAGUAUGUAUCUGUAAAUGUUUUAAUAUGUCUGUGUGUGUACGUGUCAGUAUGUCAGUGUGAUUGGGGGAUGGGCGUAAUUGGGGGCGAGAGGGGAUUGGGAGGGCUGCAGGGCCCCAGGGGCCCAACAAAAUUCUUUGCCCAGGGUCCUAUUCAUAUUAUAGAUGGCCUUAAUUUAAAGACAAAAGAAAAUUCAGCCAGUCCUGAUUUGAAAAAAAAUACGGUGCACUACCCCUUUAAAUCCAUUUACGUUACAUAUCUUGACUGUAUUUGAGCGUAUUAAAGUGACCGUAUACUAUGCUCAUGGCAUUGGUUUUCCUAAACGGACACAUACUCUUCCUUCCAGUAUCUCCUGCAUUAUCUGAUGUCUCUAAAAAACUGGAUGAACAGGCACAGCUGGGACCGAACCCCUAUUGCCAAAGCUUCCUGGGCUCUCCUUAGGGACAGCUAUCACAGUGACAUUUGCCUUCGGUAUGAAGCACAGCAUAUCGCCGUGGCUGUGCUGUAUUUUGCACUGCAAUGUUAUGGGGUGGAUGUACCAAGCAAUGAGAGUUCUGAGACUCCGUGGUGGCAGGUAAGGACUCUAAUAGUGUGUUGCUUCUCAGUAUAUAUUUAUGCCUCACGUUGAGGUCCAAGCCAUAGGUAAUAAGAACUUUGAAUGUCUAGGCUGAAGUUGGUGUAGACCAUGUUGCUUAAGUCUGCAGAGAAGAGUCUCAGCUGACUUCAGUGACCUAAGACUGCAGCUUCAUGUCCAGCUACUUUAGUUAGUAGCCAAGAUUAUUAUGCCCAGUUUGUCGUUCUCAUGGAUCCUAAUCCAUUUCCCAGAUUUUUUCCCCUCCAUGUAUUGCCUCUUUUGUAAUAUGAUUUAGACCAGCAUUUAUUAGAUGAGCUGUCAAGAAAAUAUUGUUCAGUAGAGUUGGACAUUGGUUUAACACCGUAAUAAAUAUCAAGAAUAUAUACAUCUACACAUAUAGAGCCUUCUUCCACUGCCAAGGAUUUUGCAAAUGUAUAUAAAAUACAGAUUCCAUUUCCCUUUUUUUUUUUUCUUGAAUGUAAUUUUGGGUUAAAAAAAAAUAAUCUGUAUGCGUUGACAUUUUUAUGUGUGUGUGUUUACCACCUUAGGCUGCCAGGCAUCAGAUCGCACUAGUAGAUUCCAAUAAUGUCUAUCCGCACAAUAUUUCUCAUCUUGCAGUAGUUAUGUAGAAUUUUAUAUAUACAAAAUCUAUUUUUUUUUUUUUCAUUUUGGUUUUAAUAUUUCUAUUCUUACAUAAUUAAAGGGACACGAUGAUAGUCCCCAAAACUCAGAUAAAAAUGUCUGAAGUAAGAUAACAUCUUAACAUGAAAAUGAAACCGUCACUAGGCUGUAUUGUAAACACUGCAUUUUCUCUGAAAACCGUGUUUACAGCAAAAAGGCUGAAGGGAACGAUUGUACUCACCAGAACAAAUUCAAUAAGCUGUAGUUGUUCUGGUGACUAUAGUGUCCCUCUAAUAACUGCAAUAAUUACCUUUGCAGAGUUAGGAGACCUGGGAAUGUGCACUCAGCAAAAGCACCAGAAAGGCCUCAGUUACAAAUGCACAGAAUCUCAGAAUGGCCUUAAGUCACUAAGUGUUUAAAUAUUUAUUACAAAUCGUAUCUACUCAUUUGAAUUCAAACAGGCUACAUUUUCUGUUCCAUUUUAUCAUUCUGUUUUUUACAGGUUUUUAGUGAAGACAUUACAAAGGUCAUUAUCGACCAUAUCCUCUACGAUUUGAUCAAUGUCUAUACCAUGGACGCUGAAAUAGUUUGACCUGCUUUAGAUCAGAAGGUUAUGGACUGCACAGAGGUCGUUCAAGCUAUAAACAUUUGCUUGCAUGUCAAGAUGGCAUAUCGCCAUAGCGUGGAUCUUCAGAGGAGGAGAAAUUAUCUUUGGACUUUAUGUUGGCUCCAGUUUAGAUGCGCAAAUUGCUAUUUCCAGUGAAUGGAGUAUGUUAAGGAAUUAGAUAAGGCAUGCAAUUUUUUUUAUAUUUUGAAUUUUUCUCCACAUGAAAAUGUUAAAAUUCUAUUUAAUUGUAUUUCUCCACAACAGAACUGUUGAAAUGUUUCAUAGAAAUAUUUAGUUUUUAUAAAAAAAAAAAAAUUAAACCAAUUUAAUGUGUUGCCUUUUUUUUUUUGAAAAUGAAAAGUAAGGCCUAUUGCUUAUCUCAAACAUGUAUUCCAAAGGUUAUAGUGGCGUAAAAUUGUAGAGAUUUGUAAACAUCUGACAAGCAAGGUCCAGCUUGCGGGUUCCUCAGGGACCCCCAGUUUUUAUCUAACUGCUGAAAUGUUUAGCCAAGAAAAUGGGGAGGAUGCAACCUGCAGAAUAACAGCAAGACAAGUACUACAUCAAUAUGUAGUGGUUAUGGUGCCUAGACUGCUGUUUAAAGGGAUACAAUUUACUUAAAAAAAUAAUUAAAUAAACCUAGAAUUGGGUGGAUUUUU